GGACCAACCAACCAGUAAGGAAAUAUAGAGAUUACCCCGGCUCUCAAUCUGACUGAGCGAGGAAACAAACCCCGGAACGGAUGGCGAUGAAGUGGUUACGUUUUUCGCUCCUCGUUGUGGGGCUUUUCUCGCUGUGCUGCGCCACGGCUGGAGACAGCAGUGGUGUGAAGAAGAUGAAGAUGCAGUUUGCUACGGGACCUCUACUCAAGUUUCAAAUUUGCAUUUCCUGAGGGUACAAGCGGGUGUUUGAGGAGUACACGCAGGCCUUGUACCAGCGGUACCCGGACAUCCGCAUUGAAGGGGAGAACUAUCUUCCUAUACCCCUUUAUCGGUAAGAGAGAUUGUCUGUCUGCCUUGUUCCACGUGGAUUAUUUCC